AGAGAGAGAGAGAGGAGGCGCAGCGUCAGGCAGCAGCUCACGGUCCGCGCGCGCACACGCACAGCUCCAGAGGACAGCGGGAGGUUCGGUUCUGCUCGGAUCAUGGAUGGGACAAAGCCGGCCAUGGAGUCCACCGCGGAGGACACCCCCGAGGAGGGACAGGACAGCAAAGGAUGCUCCGAGUGCUGCCUCAAGUGUCUGGGUGGGGUGCCCUACGCCUCGCUGGUGGCCACCAUCCUCUGCUUCUCGGGCGUGGCCCUGUUCUGCGGCUGCGGCCACGUGGCGCUGACCGGGACCCUGACCAUGCUGGAGAACCACUUCUCCAGGGUCACCAGCGACCACGCCACGCUCGCCACCGUGAUCCAGAUUUGUCAGUACAUCAUCUACGGCGUCGCCUCCUUCUUCUUCGUCUACGCCAUCCUGCUGCUGGGGGAGGGCUUCUACACGACCAGCGCCAUCAAGAAGGAGCUGCAGAGCGACUUCAAGACCACCGUCUGCGGACGCUGCAUCACCGCCUUCUUCAUGUUCCUGACCUACAUCUUGGCUCUGGUCUUCAUCGCCAUCUUUUGCUUCACGGCCAUCCCGGUCUUCCUCUUCUUCAACAUGUGGAACACCUGCGCCGCCAUGAGGUCUCCAGACGCCAACAUCACGUCUCCGGGCUCCGUCUGCGUGGACGUCCGGCAGUACGGUCUGGUGUCCCUGAACGCCUCACCAGGGAAAGCUUGUGGCGCCACUCUGGGAGACAUCUGCAACACGAGCGAGUUCUACCUGUCCUACCACCUCUACAUCGUGGCGUUGGCCGGCGCCGGAGCCACCGUCAUCGCUUUGGUCCAUUACCUGAUGAUCCUGGCAGCCAACUGGGCCUACCUGAAGAGCGCCGUGUCCACCCACGAGUACCAGGACAUCAAGACCAAGGACGACCAGGACCUGGAAGCCGAGGCGCGCUCCAAGGAGGGCCAGAACUCCUCUUCCUACUCAUAAGGACAGGACUUCCUGUUCAGCCAUUGUCCAUUUCCUGUCCAAACCUCACCCCUCACCCCUUCCUCCCCAAACCACCCACCUCGGUCAUGUCCUUCCCCGUCUCCUGACUCUCCAUCCUCUGUCGUGGUUCGGGCAGGGAUGAAGAGGAUCGAGGGUCAAGAGAGGCAGCCGGCCUCAACGGAGCCGGGUGGAGCUUCGGUCCGGUUCAUCGGGCUCAGAAGCGGCGGCUCGUGGGCGUGGCCUGGCUGUGAUGGCCUCGCGCCCUGAGCCAACACAGCUCCUCAAAACAGCCAGAUUCUUCUGUCGCCGCCGGAGCGGCCGACCGGAACCGACUUCCUCGGGUUCCCUUCCAGUUCUUUGGUGUUUUUUAUGCGUGUUUGUGGAUAUAAAUCUUAUCGUGCGAAUGUGCGUGAAUGUUUUUCUUUUUUAAACGUGUGCCAGCUGUCGUUCUGAUUUCUUCUUCGUGGUUCGUCUCCGGUGACCUUUGAAGAUUGCACUGUUUCCAGAAUCUGCUCUAAAGUCCCCUCAAAGGGUUUAAACGCAUCUCUUGUUGUUUAACCCCCAAAUUACUUCAAGGUCAGAGAGGUCGUUCAUGUUCGAGGAAUGAUUAGAACUUCUCCUUUUUUUAUAUCUUUGUGUUUUGUGACAUUCAUCACCAGCUGAAAUAAUUUAUCUGGGUCUUAAGAGACGCACACCUCAGGUAUCAAACCCAAUCUGAGUUACGUUCCUCGCCGGUUUAAUCCUCUCCAGAUUACUAACCUGUUCCUCCUUUUGAGAUUAAACCCCACCUGUAAAUACCCCUGCAAGAAUACCGCACAUUACUAACACACGUUACUAACUAAAUCUGUGUACAUGUACUUUGAAAUCUGUGUUUCGCGCUCAAGUACUCGUUCUACAUUUGAUAGUUUGUGUAAACGAUGGAUCGUGACGUAAACAUUGAAACGACGUGACUCAAAAGACGGGAACUCAUUUAUUUUGUAUUUAUCGGCUUUAGGCAGCUGUGGUUGACUAUUUGAUGGAAUCUGUUUAUAAACAAUCAGCCAAACAACUUUAUUUAUUUGUUUAUUUGUUUUGAGCCUCUCAGAGACUGUUUUGGGUGUUUACACUGAAACGCGUCAGGAACUUUCAUACGGACAUUUUCUACGCAGACGUCGUCGUCGGUCAGGACCGUUUGAGGACUUUGAUGCGACGCAGCAUGUCGGUAUCGUCCCGUGUGCUCCGGUUCUGCUCCGUGAACAUCCGGCUCCAGGUCGAUGUGAGAGGCGCGGCGUCUCCUCGUUGUUUGCAUGGAGGAGACGCGGCGGCGUCGUUGCAGUUCUUCAGGUGAUGUGUAGUCAUUGUACUGACGAGUGUGGUAGGCGGUGUUUGCCCCCCUCCCCCCUUCACCUCCAUCUUUUCUAUAAAACAAACUGUUGUACUUUGAUGGCGUUGUAGUCCCUCGUAGGUGUUUCUUUCUUUGGAAAUGGUUCUCUGACUCCCACAUGGUGAUGAUUUUUGUAACCUUCUCUAGUAAAACUGAUAUUUUUUAUGAUCGUGA